AACUGACAGGUGAUAAAUAGACAAAGAGCGCCGAUGUCAUAGAAACGCACAUUUCUCCGUGAGAUUACCUACAAACUAUAUGGGGCAUCCGACAUCCUAACCUAGAGGUGGCUCCUCAUGCUGCCAUCAACAGUCAAGAACUGAAUAGAAUGCAAUAAUAAAUAAGUCUACAAUGACUCCGGGUAUUGCCAUGUGACCACACAAUUUGUAAUGGGACGAAACACGUUUGCCAAUCUGAGAAUGAUGUGGCAAAAUGUGGUAUCCCAGAAGUAUAUUACUGAGCCUUUAGAGCUGCGGUUAUUGAAGCAGCGACUGGCAAAUGUGUCAUGUAAAUGUAAUAGAAAUUACUCCAGAGGCUCGUAUGAACCAUCGUGUGACACGUUGCAGACGGCGCAGCGCAGUAAAGACUGUGGAAUACAAGCUGAGCGUGUUAUAUCGUUAGAUGCAAGGUCAACCUUUCCAGAAAAAUACAUCAAGGAUGCUCUUUGUCCCACAUGCAGCAUGACCCUAAACCUUUUACGUGGAGGUACAGUCAAAGUUCUGAAAGACCAAGAAUGUGAAACGACACCGUCAAUGUUCUGUUCCGAUAAAUGUAUUGGAUAUAAAGACUCCGCGUGGGAACUUCCAGGAAUUCUCAGUCCCACCCAGCGUAAGCGCUCGCAUCCUGAAAGGGUGACUUUUCGCGACGUGCCAUAUAAACGCUGUAUGGAAGUUAAAAGCAAACCUCUGAGUGGAAACGGCUGUGUUUGUUUAGAAGAUUUCAUUGACUCUAUUAGGCCACCCUUACCUACAUUAAUCAGCGUAGGAAAGAAAUAAGUAGUAUAUAUUUUACAAACAUGUUUUGUUCUUUUGUGGU